AUGUCAUCAUUUAGCACCGGGAGUUUCCACAGUCAGAAGUGGGUGAGGUUUAUUUCUGAGGAGAGUACGGAAAAGAAGGCACUUCAGAUAGCAAAUUGCAGAAAAAGACAGGAGGUAUUCGACGAGGCGAUCCUACAAGAGCGCAUUUCCAUGGAAGACUGUAGUCUGAAAAGCAGCUGUGAGCACGACUACAAGAAGUUCAUCGGGAAAGUGAAGCAGUGA